CCUCCUUCCCGUUCUCCGUUCCCCGUUUCCUCACCCUUCGCCCCCUCUUGGUCGGAAUCCCUCGCUUGGUCGCCGGAAAACCUCGCUCCGGCACGGUGGCCUUGACUUCCUUCCUUUCAUUUGGUGGCUGUCACGGUUUCUUGAGGAGAAGGGCUUGGGAUUGCUUGUUUUUGGCUUGAUUCUUGCCGUCUGAGAGAGGAUUUGGAUCUUGGCUCGGUUCUUGGGUUUUUGGGUAAUGUGAUAGUGGUUCUCUGGGAAGGCGACGGGGAUCGUGUGGAUUUUGUUGUUUGGCGGACGGUGGAGGGGUCACGGAUCUGGGAUCGGUAUGAGAUGGUGAAAGGGAGGGUAUGUUUGUCUGAAGAGAUAAGAAAUGGGUUAGAAAUUCUGAAACGUAAAAGAUCCCAACAGAUCAAGUUAGGAAUUUCACCUGAAGCGACAGAGUUUACUAACAUGAUGUCUAGAAGUGGAGGUGAUUCUUUGAAAGCAGCUGCAUCAUGUGGAAUGAGAAUGUGGGAAGGUGCAGAUGCAUUUUCAAGAAGGAAUGGACUAGUAAAGGAUUCGCCUCUAAAGCAUAAGGUGGAAAAAUUUGACACAUCUAAUUUAGAAUGGAUUGACAAAAUUCCAGAGUGCCCUGUAUUCAGCCCAACAAAAGAUGAGUUUGAGGAUCCAUUAACAUAUCUUCAGCGUAUUGCUCCUGUAGCUUCAAAAUAUGGCAUAUGCAAGGUUGUAUCCCCCAUAAGUGCUUCAGUACCUGCUGGUGUUGUUCUAAUGAAGGAGAAACUUGGCUUCAAGUUUACUACCAGAGUGCAACCUCUCCGUCUUGCUGAAUGGGUAGAAGAUGACAGGGCAACGUUUUUCAUGAGUGGAAGAAAGUAUACCUUUCGUGAUUUUGAGAAGAUGGCAAACAAGGUGUUUUCUCGAAGAUUUUCUAGUGCGGGAUGUCUCCCGGCUAGGUAUCUUGAAGAACAGUUCUGGCAUGAAAUUGGUUGUGGCAAGACGGAGUUUGUUGAAUAUGCUUGCGACAUUGAGGGCAGUGCCUUCUCGUCAUCUCCUAGUGAUCAACUUGGAAAAAGUAAAUGGAACUUAAAGAGACUCUCACGUCUUCCCAAGUCAAUAUUGCGACAUCUAGGGGCAGCAAUUCCGGGAGUAACAGAUCCCAUGCUGUACAUAGGAAUGCUAUUUAGUAUGUUUGCAUGGCAUGUGGAGGACCACUACUUAUACAGCAUAAACUAUCAUCACUGUGGUGCAUUUAAAACUUGGUAUGGUAUUCCGGGCCAUGCAGCUCCUGACUUUGAAAGAGUUGUUCGGGAUCAUGUCUAUGACUGUGGCAUUUUGGCCUCUGAAGGAGUUGAUGCGGCUUUUGACGUACUCUUGGGGAAGACAACAAUGUUUCCUCCAAACAUAUUGUUAGAGCACAAUGUUCCUGUGUAUAAGGCUGUACAAAAACCUGGAGAGUAUAUUAUCACCUUUCCUCGAGCAUAUCAUUCAGGAUUCAGUCAUGGUUUCAAUUGUGGUGAGGCUGUGAAUUUUGCAAUUGGGGACUGGUUUCCACUGGGUGCUGUUGCUAGCCAACGCUAUGCACUUCUUAAGAGAACCCCACUGCUUCCUCAUGAGGAGCUUCUUUGUAAGGACGCGUAUCUUCUCUAUAAGCGAUUGUUGAGUCCUAAUUCUGAAGUUUCUCCACCCUCGAGUGAAGACCUGUCCACCCAACAUAGUAUCAAGGUUUCCUUUGUGCGCUUAAUGCGAUUCCAGCACCGUGCUCGCUGGCUGCUUAUGAAAUCCGGAGCUUCUGUGUGCUCUUUUCCAAAUAAAGUGUUGACUAUUCUCUGCAGCCUCUGUCAGCGCGACUGUUAUGUAUCAUAUGUUAAGUGCCAGUGUGUUUCAAAUCCCAUUUGCCUUCGUCAUGAAUCAGAGCUUAGGCGCUGCCUUUGUGGCUGCAAACAAGUGAUCUUUGUAAGGGAGGAUAUUUUAGAGUUGGAGGCUGCAUCAAAGAAAUUUGAACAUAAAAGGCAAAUUGUAGAGGAGGGUCAAAAGCAUUCGCCUCUUGAAGAUGACCCAGAUCUAGCAAAACUGUUUUUGUCUACAGUUGAUGAUGGAUAUCGGCCAUAUUGUGAGAUAAAAUGUGAUACAAAAGGACCUACAUGCUCCCCUGUACCAUCUUCAUCAUUUUCUCUGGGGCAAGUUGGGACCGUUUUGCAUGAUAAUGAAAAUGUCAAAUCUAAUGAAACUCAGUUCUGCCAAAACAAGUAUUCUGAAGGCGAAUUAGUUGCUCCACGUGGGCCUGCAGAAACAACUGCAUUCGUCAAAUGCAAAUCAGGCCACCAGGCUCACUCUAAUGGCACUGUUGAUGAUGCUGAUGAUGAUUCUGACACAGAAAUAUUCAGGGUGAAGCGCAGGUCUGUUAUUAAUGUAGAGAAGAGAACUGGGGAUGUCAUGCCUGUGAAGCCAUGUGAAUCACAGGGGUUCAAACGAUUGAAGAAGCUCCACCAGGAAGGUGGUGGUGUUCAUCCCUCAUCACCAGCGCGCGUUCCUGAUCUCAAUAGGAACUUUUUCAGUGAAGGAGGGAUUGCCUCAACAUCAUUCAAAGUCAGGAAACAACCACAUGAUUCUAAGCUCGAAAAAGAUGAGCUUCGGGAAGCAAAAUCAAAGGAGCACAUUAGGGACAAUUUGCAGUUUUCUACAGCAGAAAACAUCAAUGAAGCACCAUCGAUUGAACUCGGCCCAAAGAGAUUGAAAGUUAGAGGCCCCUCCUUUUUCUAACUUCUUAUAUUAAUGGUUGAGCAGAGAACAAAUUAGAGUCUCAUACAAUAGCUAACAGGAAUUCUUCUCAACACUGGAGCAUCCCUCUAACUACUUGAUUAAAAACACAAGGCCUGACUCCGUGUAAUGACCGAUUAACAGGGUAAGUUUUUUAGAACAGGUGAUUCAAGUAAUUCAUUCUUUGUGCAGGCCUCAAAUUGAGAGGCCGGCACGACUGAAUUCUUCUCGGUUUCAGCCGUGAUUUCUCCUUCUUUUUUUCCCCUUUUUUUAGAGAAAAAAAGCAAUGUAAUUUUUCUCUUCCACAUUUGUACAUUUGUUGUCUGCUGUUUCAUCAAUUUCUUGUAUGUCUGUUACAUUCAGUUAUACAAAUUCUUUUUACACACUGACACAUAAUCUUGAAGUGAA